UUCAGUCUCGAUUGGGAAGGCAGAGAGGUAACAGAAGCAGACAGAAGCGCCCGAAACUGGACUGAAUUUAUAGUUAUCUCACAACUAUUGGAACGAGUGAGACACUAAAAAUGGUGCUUUAAACAGACAACAACUAACCUUUCAUCAACAAUAUGGAUGACAAGGCCAAACAAGUUGAGGAAGGGAGCUUUAAGUCGUCCAAUAAUCACAUUGAAGCGAACGAAGAUGAUCCUUUGCCAGAACUCCAACCUCUUCAGUCCCGUGUUGAAGACAAGAUUGCUAAAAUUGUCGAAGGCAAUGCCGAUGAGAGAGCCAAGCACCGCGGGGACCAAGCCAUUAUCAAGCCUGGCUCCGAAACGGAUUCCAUCUCCAACAGCAAUAGUGUGGUGGAUCAGUACAUGACUGUGGAUGAGAACAUCCCUUCAUGGUCGAGCACGGGUGCCAAGAUCCCAACUACCUUCAAUGUCAUGCCUGAGCAAUCCAGGAAGCUCUCCUAUUCAUUGUCCCACCAAGGUCAAUUUGGCGAGGCUUACAACCGUUGGAAGUCCAUGGAGGAUGCAGAGGUUAAGGACAGCCAAUUACUGCAAGAUGAAACCGGGUCCUUCUUGUCCAAAUUUCGCAAAGUUCAAAAAUCGAGAAAACGGCGGGUUUGCGAAAAGGGUGGGGAUGCCAAUGUGAAGUAUAAGAACAUCUCCAAGAAAAAACGUCGCUAUCUCACGGAUAUAUACACUACUUUGGUGGACUCCAGUUGGGGCUUGAGUUUGUGCCUGUUUGCGGGCAGCUUCUACGUCUCAUGGUGGUUGUACGCCGUGAUCUACUACCUGAUUUGCUUGAUCCAUGGAGAUUUUGAACUUGAGCAUCUCCCGGACAAUCAGGCCGAUUCGGGAUGGGUCCCGUGUAUUUGGGCCAUCGACGGCAUUUUUGCCUCGUUCUUGUUCUCGUUGGAAACUCAGCAUACCAUUGGUUAUGGAACCAGACAAACCAGCACUGAGUGUCCAUUGGCUAUGGCCGUCAUGUCUACCCAAAGUGUCUUGGGAUGCCUCAUCCAGGCCUUUAUGGUCGGCCUCGUCUUUGCCAAGCUCUCCACACCCAAUAAAAGAGCUCGGACCGUGGUUUUCAGCAAGAACGCGGUCAUCUGCGAACGUGACAAGCGCCUGUGUCUUUCGUUCCGCGUUGGCGAUAUGAGGCCGGACAGCUUUAUUGUUGGGGCUCGGAUAUCCGCCAAACUAAUUCGCCGACGCGUUACUUCCGAAGGUGAAAUGUUCCAUGAGGUCUCUCCAUUCAAAAUCAUUCCGGAUAGCUCUAACGAGGGUUGUAUAUUCCUGAUUUGGCCCAUCACGGUACUGCAUUAUAUCGAUGAUGAGAGUCCGUUUUACAAAUUGUCCGCCACGGAAUUCCGUCGCGCCAAAUUUGAAAUUCACAUCGUACUAGAAGGCACAAUCGAGGCUACCAGUAUGACCUUCCAAGCCCGGACUUCAUAUCUACCGGAUGAGAUUCUAUGGGGACAUCGAUUCGAAACCAUGAUGAUCUACCGAAAAGACCACAACAAAUACCAGGUAAACUUCUCUGCUUUCAAUUCCACCUAUGAAGUGGAUACAGCCUUGUGCUCAUCCCGGGAUCUCGAGCUUCAUUACCGAAGGCAGCACAAGCAAAGGCGCUACCAAAGCCAAAAAGAGGCCGAAAAGGUCAAAAAGGGCAAAUUUGGCGAUACCUCCAAUCCCAAGCUUCAUAAUAAUGCCGUGUCUUUUGAUUACGGCAAGCUGCCGUCCAAGCGACGAUCGUUGUCCAACAAUGGCGAUAGUGGAUUGGAUUUUGGGCACAAAAACAAGCAACCCAGUUUCACCUUGUAUCCGGAGGACGAAGAAGAUGACUCGGAUUCGGAUGGAGAAGGCUCAACAACUGACUUAGAGUUGAAGAAAAUGGCGCUGAGACUGUAAUAGAUUACAAAUGAUCAAAAUUCAAAAUUUGUAGAUUCAGUCAAUGCCUAUGCCUGCUUGGAGCCUUUUUAAAAAUGACAUGACUUCACGUUAUUUUGCUAAAGGAGGAUCUCGGUUAAACAAUAAAUCUAAAUGUGACUUUUUCCAAUGCUCACUGAGUAAUUGUUCUCGUUAACGAAUGAGAACCUGCUUUGAAAAGUCAAAAAAUAUUUCUUUCACAUGUUUGAUAAUAAAUGUAGAUAAAUCGUU